AUGUAUUCUAGCAUGGCCGAUUCGCAGAAUGAGUCACUUCGUCUGGCCCCAUCAGCGCCGCUCCCAAGCCCUCGGAUUACACCAUCAUCAGCACCACCACUUCAUUUUGAUUCGAAAGUUCAGCCCUUCACAACCACCGGCGUUCCGGUCAUGCCGGUGACCCUUCCUCAUUCCCCAGCCCCUUGGUCCUCUGGCCUGUGCGAUUGUUGUGAAGAUCUCAGCAGUUGUUGCUUAACGUGUUGGUGUCCAUGUAUAACAUUCAACUUCCAUAUGCGCAUAUACACAAGUAACAUACUGAUCGAAUGGGCAGCCUGUGGAGUGAGUGGAACAAUAUACGGUUUGAUGAUGUGCUUGAUGGGUUGCUCGUGUUUGUAUUCGUGCUUCUAUCGAACCAGACUGAGAGGGCAGUACUUCUUGGAGGAGAGGCCAUGCACAGAUUGCUGCGUCCAUUUUUGCUGCGAGGGAUGCGUUCUAUGCCAAGAGUACCGACACCUUCAGAACCUGGGUUUUGACAUGACCAUAGGUUGGAAUGGCAACGUCCAUAGGCAGAGACGACUUGCCGCAAUGCAGCCACCGCCAGCAACCAUGCCUCCACAACUUCAGACCGGUAUGAAUCACUGA